AAAGUCCACUUUGGCCCUGAGCCCCACGGGCACUGUGGGAGAUGGAGUACGGAGCUCAAGAGGCCCCAGCAGAGCCUCCCCAGGAGGCCAGAGCCAUGCUCAACAUCUAUGACAUCCUGGUUGUCGUCUUCUACUUUGUCUUCGUGCUGGCAUUGGGGAUCUGGUCCUCCCUGCAAGCCAGCAGAAGCACUGUUGGUGGCUAUUUCUUGGCUGGGAGGUCCAUGACUUGGUGGCCGAUUGGUGCCUCUCUGAUGUCCAGCAAUGUGGGCAGUGGCUUAUUCAUUGGCUUGGCUGGGACAGGGGCAGCCGGGGGCCUGGCUGUGGGUGGCUUCGAAUGGAAUGCGACCUGGCUGCUCGUGGCACUUGGCUGGGUCUUCAUCCCCGUCUACAUCGCAGCGGGCGUCGUCACGAUGCCUGAGUACCUGAAGAAGCGAUUUGGGGGCCAGAGGAUCCAAGUGUACAUGUCUGUCCUGUCCCUCAUCCUGUACAUCUUCACCAAAAUUUCAACUGACAUCUUCUCUGGAGCCCUGUUCAUCCAGGUGUCCUUGGGCUGGAAUCUCUAUCUGUCCACAGUCAUCCUCCUGGUUGUGACAGCCAUCUAUACCAUCGCUGGAGGCCUGACUGCUGUGAUCUACACAGAUGCUCUUCAGACUGUCAUCAUGGUGGGGGGAGCACUGGUCCUCAUGUUCUUAGGGUUUAAGGAAGUGGGCUGGUACCCAGGCCUGCAGGAGAAGUACAACACUGCCAUCGCCAAUGUGACUGUGCCCAACACCACCUGCCACCUGCCUCGGUCCGACGCCUUCCACCUUCUCCGGGACCCUGUCACCGGGGACAUCCCAUGGCCUGGCCUCAUCUUUGGGCUUACAGUGCUGGCUACUUGGUGCUGGUGCACAGACCAGGUAAUUGUGCAGAGAUCCCUGUCAGCCAAGAACUUAUCCCAUGCCAAGGGGGGCUCUGUGUUCGGGGGCUACUUGAAAAUCCUGCCCAUGUUCUUCAUUGUCAUGCCUGGGAUGAUCAGCCGGGCUCUUUACCCAGAUGUGGUUGGCUGUGUGGACCCUGACAUCUGCCAGGCCAUCUGUGGGGCCCGAGUGGGCUGUUCUAACAUCGCAUACCCCAAAUUGGUGAUGGAGCUCAUGCCUAUAGGGCUUCGGGGCCUGAUGAUUGCCGUGAUCGUGGCGGCCCUCAUGAGCUCACUCACCUCCAUUUUCAACAGCAGUAGCACCCUCUUUGCCAUUGACAUCUGGCAGCGCUUGCGCAGGAAGGCGACUGAGCAGGAGCUGAUGGUGGUCGGCAGGGUGUUCAUCGUGUUCUUGGUGGUGGUCAGCGUCGUCUGGAUUCCUGUCAUACAGAGCGCCAACAGCGGGAAGCUCUUUGACUAUAUCCAGGCAGUCACCAGCUACCUGGCACCCCCCAUCGCCGCCCUCUUUGUUCUAGCCAUCUUCUGCCAUCGGGUCACGGAGCCUGGAGCCUUCUGGGGCCUCAUCUUUGGCCUGGUGGUGGGCGCCCUCCGCAUGAUCCUGGAGUUCUCCUACGGGGCCCCCUCAUGCGGGGAGCGGGACACCCGGCCAGCCGUGCUGAGGGACGUGCAUUACCUCUACUUUGCUCUGCUGCUCUGCGGCCUCACUGCCUUGGUCAUCAUCGUUGUCAGCCUCUGCACACCCCCCAUCCCUGAGGAGAAGCUCGUUCCCCUGACUUGGUGGACCCGGCACUGUAGCCCACCCGGCCCAGAAGGGCACUAUCACUGCCACCCACCGAGGGACAGGGAACCAGCCUUGUCUGCCCAGGAGAGCCAAACAGAGGACAGCGACCUUAAAAAGAAGGAAUCCCCCGCCCCCACCCAGUCCUGUUGGCAGAAAUUUUAUUUCUGGUUCUGCGGGCUCUCUCCAACCCCCACACCUGUCCUGAGUCCUGCUGAGAAGGCUGCAAUGGAAAGAAAGCUGACAAGCAUUGAGGAGACCCCACUGUGGAGGCGAGUUUGUAACAUCAAUGCCAUCUUCCUACUCGCCAUCAACAUCUUCCUCUGGGGCUACUUUGCGUAAGUGGCUGGUGUGAGCGCACAUCAGUCUGGGAGGAAUAAACCAAGUUUUAUCAAACUUCCUGAAGGCCAGCGUCGGAUUUCAUGAAAGAAGCCCCUGAAUGUGAGCUGCGGCCAUCAUGGAACACAGAAGGUCAGUCAGUACUGGACAGGACUUGAGACCAUCUUGGCCAAUCUCCCAUCUACCCACCCUCAUCUCUGCUGAUUGGUAGCCUGCUGGAACAGCUCAGUGGACACAACGCUAGAUUUGGAGCUCGAAGCUUUAUCCAUGUUCUCCUGGCUCUGAUCCCCAUUAGCAGUAUGACCUAGGGCAAAGUCACCUCUCUGAGACUUGGUUUCCUCAUUUCUAUAGCCCUCUAAGGUCUACAAAGUGUUUUUUCUCACAGUGGCCUUGUGAGGUAGGGAGUAACAGGAUUACCAUCCUCAUUUCACAGAUGAGGAAGCUGAAUCUCAGAGAGGAAAGGUGAUUUCCUGAGGAUGAUGGUGAAUCAGUGAGAAGGUCUGACUAGACCCAUUCAUCUGAUGGUAUCUCUACUCUUCCAAACUGCCCCUCAUUCUGACCUGAGACAGUGGUCAUGGAUAUGGUUAGGGAAGAUGCCUCUCUCCUUUCGGCAGGCACUUCCACAUCAUCUCCUGAGUGAGGGCCCAGGAGGUCCCUGUGGGCUGCCAGGGAGACAGAAGGAGCUAGGAAGAUACUUGUCAGCUCAGUGAAGUUUGGUGGUAACUCACUCCCUGCUCAUUUUCCCUUUCAAAGCCCCUGCCUCCAUUCCAUCCUGGGACCCAAACAGCUUUCAGCUUGCUAAGGCUCUGCUGCAAUCAUGCUUCUCUUCUGUUCUAAAACCUUCAGUGGCUCCCUACUUUGAAAGGUUAAAGUACAAACUCCCUAUCCUAACUCAAGAUAAGCAACUUUACCUCUCCAUCUUCCCUUCUGUCCCCUCCAUACCUGCUACAUUCUAGCCAAACUGGAAGCCUCUUGGUCGCUCAUUCUUAUCCUGUCCCAUCCCUUCCCUGGGCCUUCAUUCCCAGUGUCCGCUAUUCUUAGAACUCCUCCUUCCCAUGCCCUUCUGAACUGGUGGAAGUUCAUUCCAACCUUCAAGGCCUAGCCAGGGGGGAUUACCUCCUGGUAGACUCACCUGCUGCCUCUGGUAAAAGUUAACCCCCUUCCUCAAAUGUCUCAAUGCUCUUUGCCUGGACCACUCCCUUUUCCCCAUUCACCCUCAUCUUUGCAUCAUACUUGCUCAUGUCCCCAUAAAAUGUAAACUCAGUGAGGCCAGGGACUGUAUAAUUUGUCAUUCAGGGUCAAGUGACUUGCCCAGGGUCACUCAGCUAGUGUCUGGGGCUGGAUUUGCAAUAGUCAUCUUUGUCUACCUAGAGGGAGCUUAGGACUCUGCACAUAGUAGAGGCUUCAUAAAUGGUUUUUCCCAUUCCUACCACCCCACAAUGCCUCUUAUCUUGGAAAAGCUGUUCUUUUAGUUAACUUAUAGAAGUACUCCAUCUACCCCCACUGGCAUUUUCUUAGGAUCAUUGAAUGAUGGAAUCCUAGACUCUCAGAGAUGGAUGGAUCCCCAGAGAGGAUCUGGUUCAUCCUCUGAAAGCAAGAAUCCUUUGUAACCUCCUGGCCAAGACUCAUUUAGCAGCUGCUUGAAAACCUCCAGUGACAGUUGAGGUAGCCCAUUCCUUGGCUGGACAACUGAUAUGAAACUUUUCCUUAGGUUAAGUCCUUGGGCCUCCUGAAGACAGAAGAGACCUUGGGAUUCACAAUAAGGGGUUCAUCACAAAUAACCAAGGACUAUCUCAGGCAGACAUAUGUCUAUGUGAGAAGGGAGUGGGCUUCCCCAAUACCCUUGCCCUGCUAGCUUAUAAGAAGCCCCUCCCUUUGGGAAGUCCACACUGGGGAAGGUAAGGAAGUACAUACGAGGGGAGAGACGUGACUGAGUUGAGAGCCCAGGAAAGAAUUCAGUGGGUGAGUCAAGGCUGAGGCCUGGGGCCUUCCAAGAUCAAGGCCCCUUGCUGGUGAUCUAUGGCUUCUACUUCUCCCCCCAUUCCUCUUCAACCAUUUACUUCAGCUGAACUCUGGCAGGGGCAGGACCACUCAAGAAAAGGUCUCAAACAUCUAGACUGGAUGGAACAUUAAAGAACAUCUAAUCUAACCCCCUCAUUUUACAAAGGGGGAAACUGAGUCCAAGGGAGGUGACAUGGCUUGCAUAGGUGAGUUAUCACAAUGAGCUGCAGAGAUUCAAACCCACAUCUUGGCUCCCAAUUCUACUCGUUCUUGACAUGCACCAAUAACAGUAUCUAGGUAUUGUUAUUGGAAGUAAUAGCUAAGGAUAAGUGAGCUGGCCAAAGCCUUGCUACAUCUAUUGAGAUGAGAGGAUCUCAUUCUUUAUAGAUUAUUAUUUCUUGGUUCCUUCAAGAUUCAGCUCAAGCCCCACCUCCUCCAAGAGGCCUUUGCCAAGGCCCCGACACGCUAUGACUGUCUCCUCCAGUUUUGUCUUAUUAACUCUGUAUAUAUCUUGCAUGUAUUUUAUAUCUUGUCUCCCCCUUAAGAAUGGAAGCUCCCUGAGGGCAGGGUCUGCUUAGCUUUUGUCUUUGUAUCCCCAGCAUUUAGCAUACUACCCAACACACAGUAAACAUAUGGUGCUUAAUAAAUGUUUAUUGGUUGAUUGA